GACGAUCGUCUGCUCCUGUCCCAAGCCGUGGCCGAAGUAGCCCAUCAUGCCAGGUCCCCUGCUCAUGGUCUGCCUAAUCCGCAGGAAGCGCCCGCGCUGGUUCUCCUUCAGGUCCAGAAAUAUGCCAGAAAUGGCUGUGGUAGCUGCUGGCCUGCAGGAUAAGUAUCCCCAGUGGAUGCUGACAGACAGCCAGGAGGAGGCUUCCUUGGGGCACAAAAAGAAGCCUGGUGCCCAGAGGAGUGUUCUGGAGGAUGGGCUGCCAUUCCUGGAGUUCUGUGGCUCUGUUGUUUACAGCCAUGAAGCCAAUGACUGUUCUCUUCUCUCAGAAGAUAUCAGGCAGAGUCUCUCAGAGGGGGCUGCUGUGGGCUUUGACAUCGAGUGGCCCCCCUCCUACACCAAGGGCAAGAUGGCCAGAACAGCUGUAAUCCAGAUGUGUGUGGCUGAGGACAGGUGCUACUUGUUCCACGUCUCCUCCAUGGCAGGUUUUCCCAAGGGACUCAAAAGGCUGCUGGAAGAUGAAACAAUUAAAAAGGUUGGCGUAGGAAUUGAGGGAGAUCAAUGGAAGCUGAUGAGUGACUUUGAGAUCAAACUGAAGAGCUUUGUGGAGCUGGCUGACGUUGCUAAUGAGAAACUGAAGUGUAAGGAAUCGUGGAGCCUGAAUGGCCUGGUGAAGCACCUUUUUGGCAGGCAGCUGCUGAAGGAUCAGUCCGUCCGCUGCAGCAACUGGGAGGAGUUUCCACUCAACGAGGAGCAGAAGCUCUAUGCAGCCACAGAUGCCUAUGCUGGCUACAUUGUUUAUGAAAAACUGAAAAACAUGAGUAAGAGUGACCCAAAAUUAUUUACUGUGAGCAAAGAUGCCACAUCUGAGGAUGUGAAGGUGAAGGAGCGCUUGGCUUCCCUGGCUGCAGAGAUAACAGACCUGGCUUAUCACAUCCCUGACUCUUCUGGACAACUGGAGAAUUUCCAGAGGGCUACAGAAAUACUGGCAGAGAUAUCAGGGAACAUCAGUGCCUUGAAAACCACCCUGUUGGGCUCAGGUUCCCCUUCUGGGCUGGAGAGGAGCUGUGGUGCAAACAGAACACGUUUUGAAGCCAAGUCAGCAAGUGUCAAGGCACAGAAAGCAGAAUGUGCUGAGCAACCUGAAGGUGACUUCAACAUCUGCUCUGAUGCUACGCUGGCUGUCCUCUGGGAGGAGGAAAUGAGUGGGGAGGAGGCACAGAGAGCUAACACUGCUCUGGAAAAUGGGGCUCCAGCAGCCAGGCUCCCAGACAGAGAGGACAGGGAUGACUUCAUGUCCCUGGACAUUACUGAGCAAGAGCUGCAGGUCUUGGAACAUCAGGCUGCCAAGGAAUUGAGCAGUGAAGCUGCACCCGAGGAGGCAUGUUCCACAGACAAUGAACAAAACGUGUCCUGUGUCAUUGAGAGUGAUGAAGAGCUGGAAAUGGAGAUGCUCAAAUCUCUAAAGGAUGUAGAUGAUUGUGAAGGAGUUUUACCUGAAGGAGAGUCCAGUAAAGCCAGGAAAACUCCUGAAGUGGAUGUAGCACCAGAUGGUGAUGAAGAUGAUGGCAUUGAGGAAGAGGAGGAGGAAUACUUGGAUCCACUGCUGCCAGAGCCUGCAGAAAGCCACAUCAUGUGUCUCAAGACCUAUUUUGGGCAUUCUUCUUUUAAACCGGUCCAGUGGAAAGUGAUCAAUUCUCUUUUGGGAGACAGAAGAGAUAAUCUUGUUGUCAUGGCAACUGGCUAUGGGAAGAGCUUGUGCUACCAGUUUCCUCCUGUCUACACUGGGCAAACAGGAAUUGUCAUCUGCCCUCUUAUCUCCCUGAUGGAGGACCAGGUGCUGCAGCUGACAAUGACAGGGAUUCCAGCUUGCUUCCUUGGUUCAGCUCAGUCAAAACAGGUCAAGGAUUCCAUCAGAGGGGGUCAGUACAGAGUCAUAUACAUGACUCCAGAGUUUUGCUCAGGGAACUUAGAGUUACUUCAGGACCUUGACCAAACUGUUGGUAUCACCCUCAUAGCUGUGGAUGAAGCUCACUGCAUCUCCGAGUGGGGCCACGACUUCAGGAGCUCCUUCAGAAGUUUGGGCUUGUUAAAGAAGACCCUUCCUUGGAUCCCCAUUAUUGCAUUGACUGCGACUGCGAGUCCCUCGAUCAGAGAGGACAUUGUGAAAUGCCUGGGCCUGAGGAAUCCCCAGGUCACCUGCACCAGCUUUGACAGACCUAACCUGUACCUGGAAGUUGGACACCAAAGUGGAGACAUCUGUAGGGAUUUGAAGCAGUUCCUAACUAGGAAAGGAAGCAGUUCUGUGUAUGAGUUUGAAGGCCCCACUAUCAUCUACUGCCCUACCAGAAAGGCCACUGAGCAGGUGGUGUGUGCACUGAAUAAACUCAACGUGACCUGUGGUACCUACCAUGCUGGCAUGGGGAACAAGCAGAGGAGAGACACUCACCACCAGUUCAUGAGGGAUGAAAUUCAGUGCGUUGUGGCCACGGUGGCCUUUGGGAUGGGCAUCAACAAGGCCGACAUCCGGCUGGUGAUCCACUACGGCGCCCCCAAGGAGAUGGAGUCCUACUACCAGGAGAUGGGCAGGGCUGGGCGUGACGGCCUUCCUGCUGCCUGCCACGUCCUCUGGGCUCCCACUGACCUGGCCUCCAACAGGCGCCUCCUGGGCGAGAUCCGCAACGAGGCGUUCCGGCUGUACAAGCUGAAGAUGCUGGCCAAGAUGGAGAAGUACCUGGUGUCCAAUGGCUGCAGGAGGAAAAUCAUCCUGUCUCAUUUUGAAGACAGACAACUCAGGAAGGUUUCCUCUGGCAUCAUGGGCACAGAAGAAUGCUGUGAUAAUUGCAGGUCCAGUGGCUCCUGCCUUGCAGUCCCCAGUGACUUUGAGGGUGGACUGCAGGACUUUGGGAAGCAAGCACACCAGCUGCUGUCUGCAGUGAGUGCCCUGGAUGAGAAGUUUGGGACCAAAGUGCCAAUUCUGCUUCUUCGAGGGUCUUGCUCCCAGCGCUUGCCGGAGCGGUUCCGCAGGCACCCUCUCUUUGGCUGUGGGAAAGAGUGGCCAGAGAACUGGUGGAAACAGCUCUGCCAGCAGCUGAUCAUGGAAGGGUUCCUCAAAGAGGUCUCAAGCCAGACCAACAAGUUUGCAACCAUUUGUGUGCUCACCCAGAAGGGUAGGAAUUGGCUGUCCAAAGAUGGAUCUGCCUCAAAUCCAAGUCUUAUGUUGCAGUCCAGUGAAGACCUUAAUCUGCAGAGACCUUCUGCCAGCAGCAGGCGUUCGCCUCUGCUCUCCAAGCAGCGCUCCCCAGGCACAAAAGGAGCAGCACAGUCACCAGGCAAGCAGGUAUCUCUGUAUGAGAUGUUCUCCUGUUACAGAAAAGGUCAGACUCCUCCAAGAAACACUAACAUGGUUAACAGUGUUUCAGGGCGCUCACCACUGAAAUCUCAUUUGAAGCCCCAAGAACCAAGUGCUUCAUCCCGAGAAAAAGAGCUUGAGACUGCUCUGUAUGGCAAGCUGCUGACUGCUAGACAGAAGGUAGCUAAUGAGAAGGAAGUUCCUCCAGCUGUCUUGGCAACCAAUAAGAUCCUGGUGGAGAUGGCCCGGAUAAGGCCUACGAGCAUCGAGAACCUGAAGAAAAUCGAUGGUGUGUCUGAGGCCAAGUCCACCAUGUUGGUGCCUCUCCUGGCUGAAAUUAAGGACUUUUGCCAAGCAAAUGGUUUGAAGACUGAUGCAUUCCCCACUGCUGAAUCCAAGGUUCAGAAAGAAGCAUCUCCCUGGAAGCAUGCUAGAGCCCUUUCUCCCUCAGAGGAGGUCACAUAUAUCCUGUUCCAAGAGAAAAAUUACUCCCUGAGGGCCAUAAGUGAGAGCAGGUCUCUGCCCCUGGCUGUGGUUGGCUCUCACCUGUGCCAGGCGCUGGCGGCGGGCCGUGUGGUGAGCGUGGAGCGCGCGGGUCUGACCCCCGCCGUGCAGAGCAUCAUCAGGGACGUCAUCCGCAGCCCUCCCAUCCUCUCAGACACUACCAAAAUUCAAGAAAUUAGGAAACGUACUCCUGCCAAUAUUGAGCUGUAUCUGAUCAAGAUGAUGAUUGCACUACUGGAGAAGGAGGAUAGAAAUAAAUCUCAGGAUGGCUUAAGCUUCAAAAGAAGAUUGGUUUGGCCUGAAGGGCAGCAGGGAAAAACAGGAGCAGAUCAAGCAAGAAGGGAAGGUGCCUUGUGGAAUAAAACACAGGCUGCAGGGAGCGUGGAUGCCAGCCCUGCAGGGAGCAGGGGGGCAGCAGGCCCCUCGAAGCCCACCACCUCGGCCUCCUCCCAGCAGCCUGCCCUCCGUCCCCAGCACGAGGAGCAGCCCUUGGCAGACUCUCAGCCCAAGGUGAGAAGGCAGGAGCACAGCCCAGACCUGCUGAUGGGGGUGGGCAUCUUCAACAAGCAUUCUCAGCUUCUGUCUGGCUCCCAGACUGUGUCUAAACCCUUGCCAGCUCUUUCCUCUCAUGGACACCCCUGAGGCAGUGGUGCCAUGUUGCUUUUGCUGUCCUUGCUGUGUCCAAAUAUCCCACUUGCACAGAAAUAGACUGCUGCAGGCACCUUUUCCCCAGUAUAUGUUGUCUGUUCUCUUGUGGCAGAUGUUUCUGAGAUUUUAAGAGGGCUUUUAGUUCCUUUUUUCCCUUUUUAAGUACAGGGUUCUGUGAGGCUGUGCCCAUCACGUUAAGGGUUUUUGCGCUGGUGUCUGUAGACAUACAAGCUGUAUGAGCAGACAUGAAGAGUUCUUACUUAAAGGGAGCUCAUGUCCCUGACCAGCACCACUUGUUGAACCCAUCACUUCAGUCUGAAGCUGGAUAUUGGUGUGAGUGCAAAUCUUGGUCAGCCUUGAUUCUCAGAGUUGAAUUCUCAAUCCCUUAGGUACUUGAAUAAGGUGUUGGAUUUAAGUGGGCCGUAAGCCUUCCAAGAACAAUUGGGUCAGUUUGUGGCUCCAGCUGAGCAUGAGUUUGAGCAGUGGAGCUGUGCCAGCGGGGCAGGCUGUGGCUGUGCGUGUCCUUCCACCUUUGUGCCUCUGUUUCC